CGAUGUCAUCAACGAACAGGAAAAUUACGUGAAUUCGCCGCGAUAGCGUGAAAGGCAUUGCUUUUAUCCUGGGCCUGAUAGCUAGCUUCCUUGCGCCUCGUCGUACGGUUAUGGUGAAAGGAAUCCAAAGGAUUUUCAAGGGGGUAGCGAAAGAACGUAAGGAGACAGUCGUAUCCCUUGGCUCUGGCUUACUCGCGUCCGGAUCGUCCGUACUACGACCAGUUGUAUUCGGACUGUUGGGGAAUCAUAUAAUUUGCAAGCGGUUGCGAGGUCCUGUGCGGAAAAUUGCUUUGCGAUUUGGGGAAAAUUUAAUUUCAGUUUGUUUGUUUUCUGGUGUUUUCUUAGCGGAUUGUGGCUCCCAAUGGUGGAGCGAUUUAUUCUGAGUUUGGUAGCGCGGAAAAAUAACAUCACGGGAUAGUGGGCGAGGAAAGUUUCCUUUGAAUACAUUCGCCAUCGGCGACUUGAAUGAAGUGAAGUCUUUGAUGUGUUGUUAACCUUUCUCCUGCGACUAGUGAGUCAUUGGAAUUAUCAGAUGUCCUGCAUAGAAUGUUGAGCCUGGGGAGGACGCAGUGAGAGGGAUCGGGAUUUUUUGACAAAUCGGUUUGAAAUCUUCAGUAAUUAAGUCUGAACCCUUUACGCUUCUGCCAGGAUCCUGCGGUCUCUGUGCUUUCUGGCGGGACAUUCCUUACAUUGAAAACCCCCGCAAAUAUCCCGAGCGCGUUGGAAUUUAACAAAUAAUGGAGCAUUUUAUCGGUUUUUGAUCUCCCCAAAAGGCGGUCAUAAAAAAACGUCGGAAGUGUGUGUUGUAUUUGUGGUUGUGGCCGUGGUCUGUGCUGGCUCCUCAAAGGUAGAAAAAAAAAUUGCAAACACCUUUCUUAGGCCCACCUGAGCGCGGAAAGGUGGCGGCAAGGCGAGGCGCACGGGAAAAAGGCAGUGUGAGGCACGGCAAGCCGAGGUAAAAAGCUUGGCAAUAGUUAAAGGAUAUGUUGUGGCAUUGUGUCGGCGACCGUCUCUAACGAUAACAUUGUGGCUGUGCCGCAAUCCGCGAGUGUCUGUGGACGUCCUAGAAUCGAUAUAAAAUCGGAUACGAAUCGUCCCAAGAAAAUGUGGCUCAAUGGAUUAAUUUACCUAACGAUAUCGGCAAUUGUUGCCGAAUGCCUGGAAUCUGAACUGACGGUGGAGGCAGCGUUUCAAGGACGAUGCGGUCGGAACAGUCCUUGCGAGCAAUUGUGCUACGAAAUCCAUUAUGGGAUGUACGAAUGUGGAUGUACCGAAGGUUUCGAGUUGGAUAAAAAUGGAUACAGUUGCCAAGAAAUGAAUUCGACAUUUUCGUUGGGCGGGGACCAUGGAUCCCGAGCCGAGGAAGACAUUCUAUAUCAAAAGGGGGUGUCGUUCAGCGCGAAACUAGAAGGUCCAUCGGAUCAAAAUCAGGCGGAUACCGAUGAUGACGAGGACGAGGAUGAUUCGCGACCGGGGGUGGAGGACAACAAGGACGAAACAGUAUCAGCAGAGAUACGUUCCGAUCAGUCAGUACUUAAGAACCAGAUAGAAAAUAUAAGGGACGUAUCACAAGGACAUGCGGCGGGUUACAGUGUUUCGAGCACAAGUACAUCAACGGAGUUCCCACAGCCUGUGGCGUCGACAAUUGUGUAUAGUAAUGGAAACGAUGACAACUUCUACGCGAAACAGGAUAUGUCGAUUUACGAUGAUGUGAAUAACAAUCGGCUCAAUAUCAGACCAUAUCGCCCGGAUACAUAUCAAAUCAUUGAGGACACCAGUGUCGUCACUACAAAUUCUGCAAUAACCCCAACGACAAGCAUAUCAUUGAUGCCUUCAGCAGUGUCGGCUGCACCAAAUGCCACGGAACCCAUUACAAUAACGUCACCGGAACCCUGCAUUCUAGAUUGCGGACUGGAAGGAGUCUGCGAGUACGUGUUGGAUGAGAGUGCGACAACGAACAGUGUCAGUGGGAUCAGUACAAUCACAAGCGGUUCCACCAUAACCGCGUCUGCUACUGUAUCCGCAAACGCCUCCGGGAAUAGCCGGAUGAGAUGUCAGUGUCCGUUCGGGAAAGCCGGAAAAGGAUGCCUAGAAGAUGCAAAAAUCAACAUUCCCCGCUUCACAAAAAAGUCCUGGUUAGCAUUCCCGGCAUUACGAGGUGCCUAUAAACACGUCCAGCUCCGUGUUGAAUUUCGUCCGGAAUCUUUCGAUGGUAUCAUCUUGCUGACAGGCGAAAGGGACGAUCUGACUGGAGAUUUUAUGGCGCUACUAAUCCAUCAAGGAUUUAUUGAAUUUUGGUUUGAUUGCGGCUCUGGAACCGGGAGUGUUCGCUCGAAGGAGACGGUCCUGCUCAAUCAGUGGAACUCCGUGACAAUCUACAGGCACCGCUGGGACGCUUGGCUCGUCCUCAACCAUGAAGCACGUGUCCAAGGCAGAUCGAAGGGUUUAUUUUCGAGGAUAACAUUUCGGGAGCCCGUUUUUCUCGGUGGCACCGGCAAUAUCACAGGACUUGCUAAGCGUCUGCCAGUCUAUGAGGGUAUGGUGGGAUGUAUUCGACGUUUUAUAGCGAACGAGCAUGAAUAUAAAUUCGAGGAGCACCCGCUUGGUGAUGUGACUAAAGGAUUCGGAAUACAGGAUUGUACCACGGACAAGUGUGUUAAGUAUCCUUGCCAGCAUGGAGGGAAGUGUUUGCCAUCGGAUCAAGGAGCGGUGUGCCUAUGCCCGCUAGGCUAUGGCGGCGACCUGUGCGAAAUGCGAUUAGAUUUGCAGGUUCCAUCUUUUAAUGGGUCGUCGUACUUGCGAUACGCACCGCUCGGAGAUAGCGCCCUAAUUUGGUUGGAAAUAGAGAUGAUAAUCAAGGCACAUCGGGGAGACGGCCUUUUACUCUACAGUGGACACGAGGACUCCGGUGAUUUUAUAGCUUUAUCAUUGAAAGACGGAUUCGUGGAAUUCUCGUUCGAUUUGGGGAGUGGACUGGCAUUCGUGAGGAGUAAAUAUCCCAUUUCCCUGGGGCAAUGGCAUUCUGUGAAAGUCUCGAGAACGGCACGGUUGGCCGUCUUAAAGGUCGACCAAUCUGAGGAAGUUAUGACAAUUUCACCGAAUGGAUUCUGGCACCUAUCGCUACCGCACAGCUUGUUCCUUGGCGGUACCCACGUUAUGAAAAGACCCCUGGUCGGUGUCAGUGACCAACAGGCAUCGUUUGUUGGCUGUAUCCAAAAGGUUGACAUUAAUGGCCGAACAUUGUCAAUAAUAUCAGAGGCACUGGGUGGAACAAACGUCGAUAAUUGCCCACAUGCAUGUGUAGCGCGUCCUUGUGGUCCGCUUGCCGAAUGCAUCCCAUUAAUGGACAAUUACGAAUGCCGAUGUAGUCCAUUCAAUUCAUUAUGCAACAAAGCGGAAGAAGUGUCCUUAAACCUAAACGCUAAUAACAAUCUAAACAAUUCCGCAAGCACCGAUAUCGACACUUCGAAUUCUAGAAGCGAACAUACCUCAACAAGGACACAUUCGAAACACACACACCAUAAGAAGCACGAAACAAUCCUGAAACAUUCCAACACACGCUACAAACAGCAUUGGAAGCACGAGAAAGCCAGCGCCUCGAAGCAUCAUAGCACUAAGGAUGUUGGAAAGGAGGCUAAAGAAUCGAAGCCAAAUGAGACGGAACGGAAACACCACAGCCAAAGAGUACCACCGGAAGACAUGGCUCUUCCAUCUGAAAGUGAUGUCGAUAAAAAUCAGGAGCCUUUCGCAGCCGGCGGAUAUCUUACAGACUAUGCUGCCGAGACAAGUAGCUACAGAAGCUUUCAGAUAGCACCGACACCGAAGUUCCAUACCAAACAGGAUUUCGAAAAAGUAACGAAAAGCCUAAAACAUCCCUCGGUCAUGCAUGAUGAUGACAAACUCCCGACUCCAAAACUAAAACAUGCUAAAUUUGGACAUGAAAAGGAGCAAGUGGAAAAGAUGGAUUUAAACCGCGUCUACCUAAAUAUAGACGACAAUGACUACAACAGCGACUACAACACGGACAAUGGAAAUUUCGAAAAAAUCAACGACGAUAUCCUGAAUGACUAUGUCGUCGAAGACAAUGGCGAGCACGAUGUCAAGUUCGAUGAUAAAAUAAAGACUGAAACGAUAAAAAUCCCUCAUUAUAAUAGUAGAAAACAUAAAAAGGACGACGAACAAAGGGACGACAUCGACAGAGAUGAUGACGAUAUCGACAUCGAUACAGAUGCGAAUUAUCUAUUUGAUGGCGAGGAAGAUUACAGAGCUAAGGACCUCAUCCGUGAUAUGAAGCGGAUAAUGAAAAAUGGCAAUAGUGGUAGCAGCAGUGCGGGUAGUAAAAACGUCGCUGCAGGAACAAGCGUCGGGCAUCAUUCGCAUAGUAAAAUCUUUGGUACUCCAAACUACAAAAGGACCGUUGGAGCGUGCUUCACAGGCACGGACAGCUAUUUCCAUUAUAACGACGCCGAGACAAUGAGCCAUGUCAUCAGCUACAAAAUUGAUUUGAACCUCAGGUUCAAGACCCGCUCCAGGAAUGGGGUGAUACUAUGGUCGGGUCGACAGAGUGCACUCGACAACGAUGACUUUUUAUCGCUAGGCAUUGAGAAUGGAUAUUUGCAUUUGAGAUACAAUUUAGGAUCAGGCGAGGCGGAUGUUCAGUUUAAUGCGACGAAAGUCAGUGAUGGACUGUGGCAUCGAGUGAGAGCAACAAGAAAACUCCAAGAAGGCUCCUUAGAGGUAGAUGGUCGUAAAUCAGUAGUUGAACGUUCACCAGGAAAAUUAGCACAACUUAACACAGAUACAGGCCUUUAUGUUGGUGGCAUGCCCAAUGUAAUGUACUUCACACGACAGCGAUACUUCUCCGGAAUCGUUGGAUGCAUAUCAGAAAUAAUCCUGGCCGGUGAGGUUCAGCUAACCCUGGAUCCAGCAACACUGGGAACAGCACACAAUGUUGAAGUUGGAAUUCUUUGAAAUUCAAUUAGAACACAAACUCCCUAACAUUAGUACAAUAUUUCCUUAUUUCAAAUGUUUUGUAAAAAAUACGAGAUUUAUAUUUCUCUACUAGCACCGUUCUUUUCUAUCGUUUGUUUUUACUUUACCUAGAAUUUGUAGAAAUUGAAAAUUUAAAGAAAAUGCAGAAAAAAAGUCACUGAAGCGUUAUAAAAAAAAAUGACAAAAUACUGUUCGGUUUUCUCUCUAUUGUGAUCAAUCCGAAGCAAAACAAAGCAUUAAUGUAAUAUCACUACGCUACUAUAUAGAUUCUGUUUUAUAUUAAAUUUUAUAUAAAAUCAAAGUAAAGCAAAAUAACUAUCAACCUUCCGCGAAGAUAGCAACUUAGCGUAUGCUAGUCCGUUUAGUACGUUUGAACGAUUUCGAAACAAGUUUCUAUCAGAAGGACACCGACGACAAGAUAACACGACAAUGGGAGAGCUACCUUAAAUUAUCACCUAAAUAUCAAAAUCAACUAAAGAUCGGGCUGCAAAGGAACAAUAUGUAUAGAACGACAAUUUUGUACGAAACAUAUAAAUCAAAAUAAUUUUUAAAAUGAUAACUAAUAAAACACUGAAUAAAACUAUAAAAAAAAACUAAAAGGACACUUAAAAAAAAUUAACAAUUAAGAAUAGGAUCUUAUGCAAAUGUUGGAAGUAAGGAAGGAUACUAGGACGAUGAACGUUUGAACGUUUUGUUGCUGAGAAUGAAUGUAAGAGAGAAGUAUUCAUAACUCUACCACCUAGAAAGAUGAAGUAAUUUCUGUUGUAGACUAAGUGAAUAUCAAAUUAAUUUAACGUCAAUUUAGGUAUACCUACAAAGAAGAGAUGCAAGAUAUUGUGAAGAAACACGUUUUUACACAGAGACAGAAACACAUUCAAUUCUACAGUGAAUAUAUACGAGUAUUUGAAAAAAUAGGAAAAUAGUCAAUUUCUAAUGUUUUUAAAAAACGCCAUCUGGCACUAAAUUUAUCAUAAAUUCUCCUACCUUCAUCCUUCAGCUUCAUUUGGAUGUUUUUUUUCAACCCUGAGGCCCAAAUGGCACGGAAUAUUUAGAGCAAUAAGCUAGGAUGCUCGUUUUCUGUGAUUAUUUGUAUAUCACCACAUAGGAAGUAUUUACGAUGCGCUUAAUGAAAUGUCACUUAGUGCAAGAACUUGCGUAUACCAUUUACGAUUGUCAUCACAGCUAGCCGGAUGAAUAACGCCAUCUUUUUAUGAUUAAUUACUAAACAUGCGUCACUUGAACCCAAAACGUCAUUCAAAACCAGUCCUCUGAGGAAGAAAGGUGUAAUCGCGAGAUUCUAGUGGCAAGUGUAGUGAAGUGUAGUGUAGUGAGCGACAUAAACCGCCAUUUUUAAAUAAACCGACGCCAACUCCCAUAAACGAUCCACAAGGCAAGUAGGAUAUCUCGCUUGGUCCGGUAAUUUUUAUACUAAAUAAUGAUAGACGAUUCCCCUCCCAACCGAUCUUGCUCCC